AUGGCGCUGCUGACGCUCGUCCACGUCGCGCGCGCGCGGGCGUGGACCACGGCGGUGGUGGGGAGCGUGAACGUGGACGUCAUCGCGCGCGUGGGGAUGAUUCCGCGCGAAGGCGACACCGUGGUCACGCGCACGGCGUCGACGACGACGGCGAUGGGCGGGAAAGGGGCGAAUCAAGCGAUCGCGGCGUCGCGAAUGACGUGCGAGGAUGGGGGACGUGAUUGGAGAGGGGUUGGAUUCGUUGGACGAUUCGGCGCGGAUGCGGCGGGCGACGCGACGCGCGAGGCCAUGGCGCGAGAGGUGGAUCUCGAAUACAGCGCGCGGAGCGCGAUCGGGAGCGCCACGGGGUUGGGAUUCGUCAUGGUGGCGAACGAUGGGGGGACGUCCGCGGUGGUCGUGCCGGGGGCGAACGCGUUGGAUUGGAACGACGACGACGCGGCGCUGGAGGAUGAGUUUCGGGACGCCCUGCGCGGGACGGCGACGUUGAUGCUUCAGCGCGAGAUCCCGCAUCGAGUGAACGUGAUCGCGGCGAAGAUUGGGAGAGAAAUGGGUGCGCACACGAUCGUGCUCGACGCGGGGGGGUCGCAUGAGGUUGUGGAUGGGGAUUUGUUGGCGCUCGUCGAUUACGUGGCGCCGAACGAGAGCGAACUCGCGGGCAUGGCGGGCGUCGAUGUCGACACGCUGUCGAGCGAAGAGGCCGUGAUCGAGGCGGCGCGAAAAGUUACGGGGACGUCCGCGGUGAAGGUGCUCUGCACGCUGGGCGCGCGUGGAUCUUUGCUCGUGAGCGCCUCCGGCGUCGCGCGCGGCGCUCCGUCGAGGCUCCCGGACGGCGCGCGCGAGGUCGACGCCACCGCCGCGGGAGACGCGUUUCGAGCCGCGUUCGCGGUCGCGAUGGGCGAAGGAAAAAAUGAGACGCAAGCGUUGCGCUUCGCUGGGGCCGCUGGGGCGCUCGCGGUGACGAAAAUGGGUGCAAUGCCAAGCCUACCGACGCGUCGAGAGGUGGACGCGCUUCUGGGCGAGGAAUCGCGGUGCGCCGAUCGCGCGUCGACGUCAACGUCGUCCACGAUCGAAGACGAGCUCGCGGCGCAGCACUUUGCCAGUCGUCUGAACUCGAUGAAAUCCCGCUUGGAUUUAUUCCUGGAUAGGAACGAAUCCGCGCCCGAGGUGUUCAAUCUCGUCAAGCGAAUGGGCCGCGCGCGCGGGAUAUCUCACGUCUUUUUCAACUAUCCUGAACACUUCAUCACGAAGACCGGUGAGGAGAUUGAACCCGAGAUAUUGCGACGGAAGGUGCUGGAGCAAAGCUUACGCAUCGGCGCGGUGUGCGUUCGGUUUCCGGAGGAGCCGUACAGGCUAGGCGCGUUUACCAAUCCCGAUCCAGCCGUCCGAAGACUCGCGGAGGGUUUGGUACGCAGAUCGUGCGAAACCGCCGUCGCGCUCGAUGCCAAUGAAGUCAUCAUCUGGCCAAGGUACGACGGAUACGAUUACUACUUACAGGCUGAUUACGCCUCGGCAUGGGACGUCAUGGUUCAAUCGUACAAAAUCGUCGCCUCGAGCGCGGAGUGCGCUUCGCUCAAGGUCUCCGUCGAGUUCAAACCCACGGAUGAGAAGAGUCGAUUUAGUUUCAUUCCGAGCACGGGCGCCGCCCUGCUCCUGGUCGACGCCGUCGGUGAACCGAACUUCGGUCUCACCAUCGACGUCGGCCACGCGCUCGCCGCCGGUGAAAAUCCCGCGCAGUCCAUCGUCAUGACCGCCUCCCGAGGUCGUCUCUUCGGCGUGCAGCUCGGCGACGGACACUCUCGACUCGGCGCCGAGGACGGACUCAUGUUCGGCAGCGUCCACACCAACGCCGCCCUCGAGAUCGUGUCCGCUUUACGCGCGCACGGCUACGCCGGAUUUCUCUACUUUGACACCUUCCCUCUCAACGAGGAUCCGGUCGAGGAGGCGUCUCGAAACGUUCGAACCUUUCGCGAUUUCCAUAAAAAAGUCGCCGCGAGCGCUUCCGCGCUCGCCGACGCCGCCGCGCGCAGAGACGCCCUCCGCGCGGCGGACGCCUUCGCGUGA